AUGGCCCCUUCCGCCUCCAAGGAGAAGAGACUCGCGAAGAAGGCUGCCGAGGGCAAGCUCAAGAACAAGUCCGGCACCAGCACGCCCAAGGGCAAGCCCGAGCUCGAUGCCAACGGCAACCCCAUCCAGGGCGACGGCCCCGCCACCACCGACAUGGAGGAGGUCAAGCGUCUGACGGAACAGAUGGACAAGCACGGCAUCUCGGACCGCGUCACCACCGGUGUCCUCGCCUCGACUCCCACUAGCAAGGACGUCAAGAUCACCUCCACCAGUUUGGUCUUCCACGGCCGCGUCCUCGUCACCGACUCGACCCUCGAACUGUCCUACGGCCGCCGCUACGGCCUCCUCGGCGAGAACGGUUGCGGUAAAUCCACCCUGCUCCGCGCCAUUGCUGCCCGAGAGUUCCCCAUCCCUAACCAUCUCGACAUUUACCUGCUCAACGAGGGUGCUCCCCCCUCGGAAUACGGCGCCCUCGAGUGGGUCGUCAAGGAGGCUGAGGCGGAGAUGGACCGCCUUGACAGGAUGGCUGAGAAGCUGCUCGAGGACGAGGGCCCGGAGAGCCCUGUCCUGAUUGACCUCUACGACCACAUGGACCGCAUGGACCCCUCCACCUUUUCUACCCGUGCCUCCCUCAUUCUCACCGGUCUUGGCUUCAACAAGAAGACCAUCCACAAGAUGACCAAGGACAUGUCUGGUGGUUGGAGAAUGCGUGUUGCCCUGGCCAAGGCCCUGUUCGUCAAACCCUCCGUCUUACUCCUGGACGACCCGACUGCCCAUUUGGAUCUCGAGGCUUGUGUGUGGCUGGAAGAGUACCUCAAGAAGUGGGACCGUACCCUCGUCCUGGUCUCCCACUCGAUGGAUUUCCUCAACGGUGUCUGCACAAACAUGCUGGAUAUGCGCGGAAAAGCCCUCCAGUACUACGGUGGUAACUACGACUCAUACCAGAAGACCCGUUCCGAAAACGAGACGAACCAAAUGAAGGCCUACCACAAGCAGCAGGAAGAAAUUGUCCACAUCAAGAAGUUUAUUGCCAGUGCCGGUACUUAUGCCAACCUGGUGCGUCAGGCCAAGUCGCGUCAGAAGAUUCUUGACAAGAUGGAAGCCGACGGUUUCAUCCAGCCCGUCCAGGCCGACCGCGUCUUUACUUUCCGCUUCGCCGAUGUCGAUAAGCUGCCACCUCCCGUCUUGUCGUUUGACGACGUCACAUUCUCUUACAGUGGAAAUUCCGAGGACGACCUGUACCGCAACCUCGACCUGGGUUUCGACAUGGACUCCCGCACAGCCCUGGUCGGCCCCAACGGUGUCGGCAAGUCUACUCUGCUUAACCUCAUUACUGGCAAGUUGUCCCCCACUAGCGGCUCCGUGACUCGCCACACCCACUUGAAGCUGGGCAUGUACUCGCAGCACAGCGCCGAGCAGCUUGACCUGACCAAGUCCGCCCUCGACUUUGUCCGUGACAAGUACAACGAGAAGUCGCAGGACUACCAGUUCUGGCGUCAGCAACUCGGCCGCUACGGCCUGACUGGCGAGUCGCAGACUGCACUCAUGGGUACCCUGUCUGAGGGCCAGCGCAGCCGUGUCGUUUUUGCCCUUUUGGCCAUUGAGUCGCCCAACAUGAUUCUCCUGGACGAGCCUACCAACGGUCUUGACAUUCCUACCAUUGACAGUCUGGCGGACGCCAUCAAUGCCUACAGUGGAGGUGUCGUUGUCGUCUCUCACGACUUCCGACUACUUGACAAGAUUGCCAAGCAAAUUAUGGUAUGCGAGAACAAGACGAUCCAGCGCUGGGAAGGCAACAUUGGCGAGUACAAGAACUACCUCCGCAAGAAGAUGAUUUCUGCUGGUGCCGUCUAA